AUGGUGACUGCAGGCCACGCCGUGAUCCUAUUUUACAAGUAUGUGGAGGUAGAGGCUCCACUGGAGCUCAAGCAGGAACAACAGCAGCUUUGUGAGCGUUUGGGACUUGUAGGUCGCAUCCUUAUCAGCGAAGAAGGCAUCAACGCCACGCUGUCGAGUCCAUCGCAUGCCAAAAUCGAUGAGUACAUCGCGUUCUUAUGUGCGCACAAGGUCUUCGCCAUGCGUCCAGAGGACUUCAAGCACAGCUCUCACGCACAUGAGGAGCCUCCGUUUGUCGGUCUCAUUAUCAAACACGUAAAGGAGAUCGUGUCCACGGGCGGCAUCGUCGCUCGCCCGGACAUGACAGCUUCCGACGAGGACCGAGGAUACCUGACCCCUCAACAAUUUCAUGAGGCGAUGCGUCAGGCGGUGAAGGACAAGGAAGGCACGGUGGUGCUUGACGUACGGGCACACAAAGAAUUUCUAGUUGGUCACUUCGAGAACGCGGUGGACCCAAAGGUCAAGAACUUCUCCGAGUACUACGCCUUCUUGCAAAACCGUGUAGACGAGAUGAAGGACAAGAAGGUGUUGAUGUACUGCACAGGUGGCAUUCGCUGCGAAAAGGCAUCCAACUUUCUGCGCAGUCAAGGCGUAAACGAUGUGCACCACCUCAAGGGUGGCAUUCACAAGUACCUUGAAACGUAUCAGGACGGAGGCUUCUUCCGUGGCAAGAACUUCGUUUUCGAUAAGCGUGUCCUGAUGGGGGCGCAGAACAGCAAUGAAAUCGUCGGCAAAUGCAUCGAGUGCCAGUCGCCGUUUGACGAAUUCAGUGGACGCAAAGUGUGCACGGUAUGCCGCGACCUGGUGCUGGUGUGUGAUAGCUGCUACUACGCUCGCCAUGGCGAGGUACACUGCACGGACCACCAGUACCUCAAACACUGCUACGUCACCUUCUUGCAGUACGUACCGCGCGGUGAGCUAUUAGAGCAGCAGAAGUCGCUGGAGAAGAUCCUCGCAGAGUUUCUGGAAGAUAAGUCGAGCAGGAAGAACAAACGCCGCUCCAUUCGCAACCAGCUCAACAAAAUCGCCGCUCGUCUGGAAGCUAUCGACGCCGAACCGGAGGCUGCAGCGGCCACAUUGGCGCUGAACCCACGCCCCAUCCACUGCCGCACUUGCGGUCUGGCUACGUGCAUGGGCAACUGCUGGGGCUUCUGGAGCGACGAAAUGCUGCCUCCUCCUCAGAACUGA